AUGCUGCCCAUCGAAGUAUUGGCUGAAGAGCGGAGGUGCCUUUACCGGCGGAGAAGGCACACUACAUUGACUCCAAAAGAUCUCACGGAAGAGGAGAGACGGAACAGCAUCAGCCGAUGGCAGGUAUUGUGGGAUACCUCAACGAAAGAAAGGUGGACUCAACGUCUAAUACCACAGUUAGAUGUUUGGCUGAACCGUUCCCACGGAGAGGUCAACUACUAUCUGACGCAGAUGCUCUCAGGACACGGAUCCUUCUGGAAGUAUCUUCAUAAAUUCGAACAUGAAGAGACCCCGGAGUGCCCGACCUGCAGUAGAGAAGGAGAAGAUGCUGAGCACGUGUUCUUCAGCUGCAAACGCUUCGCAAGGCUUCGCAGUACUUGGGAGACUACAGUGGAGCAGAGUCCCACCUGA